AUGAAUGAUGGUAAUGAUAAAACUGGCACUCAUCAGGACCGCCACAAGAAAGGAAGAGUAAGAGUUUCCUCUGUUGUGCAGAAUAAGUUCAUCAGAGUUACCAGCCUCAGAAACCACAAGUAAUUUUAAUGAUUUUAAUGAUAUUUAUAGUGUUUUUUAUUGAUAUAUCAGAAUAAGCAUCCUUGGCUCGCGAGGCUGGUGCUGAAGCUGGCUCAAGCACCGGGACGAGCUUAUUAGCGUAGCCCCGCCCACUCCCCUCUGAUUCGCUGAGGGCGGCGGAUAAAACCCUUAAACCCUGCAGGAUAAACAUACACAUGCAUACGCGCGCGGCGCGCGAACUGAGAGCACCGGCAGCACGCGCUUCAUCACUAUUACUUACUUUCAUCUACUCUAAUCCACGUCGUGCGCGCGCGGAGCUCGAGAUGCCGCGCGGCUUUCUGGUGAAGAGGAGCAGGCGCGCGCCUUACGGGGCCGCGUACAGAGCGCGCGAGGACGAGCAGCAGCAGCAGCAGCACCCCUACGUCGCACAGCAGCAGCAACACCACGCGCACGAGCAGCAGCAGAAACACCACGCGCACGGGCAGACGGCCACCGUGCAUCCGAAUGCGCGCGCUCCUGCAACUCCACGCGCACCGGAGGACGGUCCGUGCGCUCCAAUAGUGUCACGCGCUCAAGAAGAGGAGCAAGUUCAGCAAGUGCACGAGCCUCACCGUCCUCAUCAUCCUCCUCACCUUCUUCAUCCUCAUCUUCCUCCUCAUCUUCCUCCUCCUCAUUCUCAUCCUCAGCAGCAGUUAUUCCCGCUCAGUGCCGGCUCCGUGGCGCGCGCUCUGCUUCUCCAACAGCAGCAGCAUCAGCAGCAUCCCCAUCAUUCUUCUCAUCAUCCUCACCAUCAGGGUUCUCACGCAGAGUCGCGUGACCGCCUGGGCGCCGCACGCAGCCGUAAGAAGCCGGCGAGGGUGGCACGCAAGCACCAGCCUCACCUGAGCGCGGAGGAGGAGGAGUCCACUUCGCCCGUGCUGGGGCUCGCCAUCCUGCGGCGCGAGGAGAAGGACAGCAGGGGUCAUGCGCCAGGACGUGGGAGUUCCGGUGGUACACGCCCUCUGCGUGAGUUCAUCUGCCAGCUGUGCAAGGAGGAGUACGCCGACCCGUUCGCGCUGGCGCAGCACCGGUGCUCGCGUAUCGUGCGGGUGGAGUACCGCUGCCCGGAGUGCUCCAAGGUGUUCAGCUGCCCUGCCAACCUGGCAUCGCACCGGCGCUGGCACAGACCGCGUGAGACCCAACAGCACACGCAGCAACAUCCCAACAACAAAAACGACAACAACAGUAUCAUCAUCAAAGAACAGCAGCAGCAACAGCAGCAGCAGCGCACGCAGAUCAUCAUCAAAGACAACCGCCAAGAGAAAGAGGAAGAGGAGGGUAAGGAGAACGCACGCAGCGGCGGCGGCGUGAUGAGGAGGCGUCACGUGAGGGGUCACGCGAGGGGGCACGCGCCACCUGGAGAGGAGGAAGAAGAGGAAGAUGAAGAUGAAGAGGAGGAGAAUGAUGAUGUAGAGAGAGAAUGCUACUGCAGCAUCAGCAGCUUCAGCAGCAGGACCUUCCGCGCCUUUGAGUUUGCGCACGAGCAUGCACACGCACAUGCACACCUGAGGAAGCACCUGACUGCAGGUACGACCACGCCCACCUCCGCCGGUACCACCGCCGCUGCUACCACUGCGCACGGGUCUGAGCAGGCCAAGAGGAGGAGGAGGUUCACCUGUGGACUGUGUGGAGGGCGGCCACGAGCCUCCGCAGCAGGAGGUGCACCACGAGGAGCAGCAGGUGCGGGUGGAGGAGGAGCAGGUGGAGGUGGAGGUGUAGACGAGCGGGCGCUCUGGCACGGGGGCGGGCACAUAGGCUUGGGGCUCGGAGUUGGUGGGAUGAGUGUUGGUGGGGGGCUCGGGGUUGGUGGGGCAGUGGGCGGGGCAGUGGGCGGAGCAUCGAUGGAGUUCUGCCCCUCCCUCUACAGCGCACACGGACUGAGCGCUCACCUGAGCAGGUGCCACACGGCGGAAAGCGCACGCGCUGCCAUGAUGCACGUGCCGCCCGCCAGACCGGUGUGCUGAUGCUUUACACACACACACACCUUUAAACACACACACACCUUUACAUACACACACCUUUACACAUACAAACACAUACAUUUAUACACUCUCAGUAAAUAGGGUUCUUGGGGUUCUUUAGUGGAACCCUUAUUAAAAGGUUCUCUAAAGAACAACCACAUAUAUCUAUUGCUCUUCAUAGUUAAAAACAAUAAAUCUAUUUAAAAUAAUAUUAAAAAACUAAAAAUAGUUUGGGUUCCAAACUGUAUAGAACCAUUAAUGUUCCUCAAGAACCCUGGAAGAACCGUAGAUUUUAGUGUUCUUUUGGCUUUUAACAACAGUAGAACCACAUUUUGCAAUUAUCAGUAAGCAUAAAGUGUUUCUAACACUUCUAUAACGUAAGAGUACUUUAGAAGAACCCUUUUAACAUGGUUCCUUAUCAUGGUUCCAUAUGGAACCUUUAACGUAUCUCAAGAACUUAAUGAGGUUCUUUAUCAUCACGGAAAAUAAGCAUUUAUAUGUUUUGAAUGGUCCUAGUACUGAAGAACCCUGGAAAAACCAUUUGAGAAUUUACACUUACCAAAAAAACAUUUUUUGUAUGUACCGGUAGUAGCAGGAUUCUCUAUCGUAGAGAAAUGGUUCCAUAUAGAACCUUUACUGUAACACGGGAACUUUGGAGAACGAUCUGUGUACGAUUUUGGCUAAAUAAAUGGUUCUUUGGCUCAUAACAGCCAUGGAACCCAGUUUGGGUCAUAUUACGACUCUCCAUCAUAGAGAAAAAGCAUUAAAAUAUAAAAAAAAUCAGAAUAAGUUUGUGUUUUUUGGCCUUUACUAGAACCUUUACUUUUACUAAGAACUCUAGAGAUCAUUUUUCGAAAUGUACAAUCUCAGCAAAAAUGGUUCUAUCUAGUACCAGAAAUUUAUUUGGCUUUUAGUAACCGUGGAACCCUACUUUGGUAUAAAUAUAGUUCUUAGAUCCAAAUAGAACCGAUAUUUUACUUAAAAAAAAACGAAGAACCUACGUUUUGAGGUUCUCCUUUAUUGAGAAAGUUUAUUAUUGAGUUAAAUUAACUAAAGAACCUCUUCAGAACCCAUUUUUAAGAGAGUACUGAGAAAAAAAUCUAUAUUGACAUAUACAAUUUGACAGUCAUACACACACACACACACACACACACACACUCAGACACUGCGGCUGUGUCCCAAAACACAUGCUGCUCCCUACGUUGUGAGGUCCCAAAAACCCUAAAAAGCAUCCUAAAGCUGAAUUACAGCUCUCUGUAAGAGUGCGAUUGGGACACAGCCGUACACUAACACUCACUCACAAUCAGACAUUGCGGCUGUGUCUCAAAUCACCUGCUGCAUCCUACAUUGUGAGGUCCCAAAAACCCUAAAACAUCCUAAAGAUUCACUACAGCUUGCUGUAAGUCUGAUUGGGACACAGCCAUACAUUAACACUCACUUACAUUCAGACACUGUGGCUGUGUCCCAAAUCACCUGCUGCAUCCUACAUUGGGAGGUCACAACAUUUUUUAAAAACAUCCUAAAGAUGUACUACACCUUGCUGUAAGAGUCCGAUUAGGACACAGCCAUACACUAACACUCACACACACUCAGACACUGCGGCUGUGUCCCAAAUUACCUGAUGCUCCCUACAUUGUGAGGUCACAAAAACCUUAAAAACAUCCAAAAGGUGCAUUUCAGUUUGCUGUUAGAGUCUGAUUGGGACACAGCCAUACACUAACACUUAUUCACACUCAGACACUGCGGCUGUGUCCCAAAUCACCUGAUGCUCCCUACAUUGUGAGGUCACAAAAACCCUAAAACAUUUUAAAGAUGCAUUACAGCUUGCUGUAAGAGUCCGAUUGGGACACAGCCAUACACUAACACUCACACACACUCUUAUCUACACAUAUGUGUACACACACACGCACUCACACUCACACACUCACACACACAUUCUGUAUAUGUGUUAAUGUGUUUUUGGAGCGCUGCUCGUAUAAUAAGCUGUAUUUUAUGGUAAAUAUAACUUUAUUCCCAUUAAAUACCAGUACCAGACCUGUACUCUGUAUCUGAGUGUAAAUGAAUGUAAUUGUGCUGUUUGUUUGUUUGUUUGUUUUCUGGUUGCUGUACGCAGGUUUGCCUUUAUUUUUCUGUAUCACUGCUUACAAAAAAACACUGUACACAGAAAAUCUUCUGAAAUUAAAUAUUAAAUUAAUAAAUUAAU